AUGACCUCUGACGACAAUAGGCUAGGUUUGAACAAUUCACAGCAUAAUAGUACCAUAGCAAGAAAAAUAAGGUUCGCAAUAACUGAUUUCGGUGAUGAAAAUAAUGAAAAUUCACUUUUAUCAGCUCCUGUACCAUUUUUGAAUGAUAGUCAAAGUGUACCAAGAAAUGAUUACGGUCUAGGUAUAACUGAUUAUAGUUUUUCAAAAGCAAUCACACUUGAUUAAGCACUAAAAUAAGCUGGUGGCUUUGGCUUGUUUUAAUUCUUGUCUUUUAUGGUAUUCUGCUUUGCCUUUUGGACUGGUGGAGUAGUGGUUUAUAUCAUUCAUUUUAUGUAAGCUCCCCCUACUUAUUAGUGUACUAAUGCUAUUUAAACUGAGAAUCAAAGCUGGUUUCCAUGUCAGCCAUCCCAAUUUUGCCAAAAUUUCGACCUUCACUGCAUUGAAAAAUAUCAAAUGGGACUGAUGGGAACUUGCAUGUUCAUUGGCUAUACAAUAAGCAGCUUAAUUUUACCUAGAAAAGCAGAUGUCUACGGAAUUUCAAUAAUCUUAUUCGUACCAUACCAAAUUGGAAUAUAUGUCGGGCUAUUUUGUGUUGGAACCGCGUCUACUAUUCGCACCUCUGUUGGGUAUGUCUAUGGUUUAGAGUUUAUUGAAUCAACGAAAUAAAACAUUGCUGGAACUCUUUUAAAAACUUUUGAUGUUACCACGCCAAUAUUUUUUGCUAUUCUAUUCAUGUCAGUAUCUAAUAACUGGAGAUACUACUAUUAUUGUGGCUUGGCUUUAUCUUUGACAGCUUGGCUAGGUUCUUUUUUGCUGCCAGAAUCUCCAAGUUUGCUAAUUUCAUAGUAAAGAUUUUAAGAAGCAAGAGAGGUGAUUACUAAAAUCGCUAGAGUAAAUGGUGUAAAAAACUUUAGAUUUACCCAAUUAUUCUAAUAAGAGGUAGAUCUAUUAAUGAGUAGCAAGUAAGAUGUAUCACUUCUAAAGUAAAAGAAGCCUCAAUCUAGAUCAAUCAUGAUUUACUUGCAAGAUAAGUUACUUAAGAGAAAUCUAACUAUUUUAUGUGGGUGCUGGCUAGCAUCAACCUUCUCAUACUACAUGAUCCUUUUUUACAUGAAAUACUUGCCAGGAAACAUAUAUUCUAAUACAAUAUUUUGCUCGACUGCAGAUGCUGCUGGAUACUUUUUUACUGGAGUUUUAUUCCAGUAUGUUGGAGGAAGAAUCUCACUUAUGGUCUCUCUCGGAUUAGCUGCAAUCUCCAGCUUUUGCAUAGUUCAGCUAAGUGAUUACACUUAUCUUACCCCUUUCUUUUUAUUUGGAUCGAGACUUGGAGUUGCAGCAGCUUGCAAUGUACUCACAAUAGUUAAUAUCGUUAUCUUUCCAGCUGAUUUUAGAUCAACAUCAUUUGGAAUAUGCAACAUAUUUGCAAGGAUGGCAGCCAUUCUUGCUCCUUUGGUAGCUGAACUAGAAUACCCAUAUCCUUACGCAAUCCUUAUAUGCGUUACAACUGUAUAUUGUGUGGUAAGCUUUUUCUUAAAAGAAAAAUAAAAUAAUGAGGAGAAAGAGUUCUAAUAGAGAUUAUUAGAGAAGAGUAAAAAGACAGUAACAUUUAAAGGUAUUGAUUUCAGUAAGAAAUAAAGCGAAGAUAAAUGGAGUGUAAGAUUAAUGAGAAGUUUUUCUAUGCCAGCAUUUUAUGGUGAAGCUGGAACUGGAUCAAUGAUUUAAAAUAUAGAUCGCGUUGAGGAAGAGGAAAGUAAUGCUGAUCAAGAUGUUGAGUAUUAUAUUAACACUUCUUUAAAAAUAUGA